UAACCCACAAGGGACAGGUCACCACGUCUGCGAGACAGAAUAAAAAGUGAACUUCAGUGCGACUGUUGUGCUACUUCAGCGGAGGACGCACACGGGACUUGGAGCCGUUUGUCCACUCUCUCUCCCUGCAGUCGUCCGGUGAUCAGAGGAUGACCACAGAUGCUCAGCGAACACUUAUACGACUCCAGAAGCGUCUGUUUUUCAUACAUAAGUGGAGACUUUAAAAGGGACAUCUUUCGGACCAGACAGAAUCAGGGAACUUUACUGAAGUUGCAAACACUCCUUUAUUUCCAUUUUCAUCCUUACUGGACGCAGAGGACAUAUUCAUACUAUUCACUGAAGAGGCUAUACAGGCCUUAAGGUGUUCGGUUAAACCUUUUUCCCCCCUCAAAAGGCGUCGGAGAAGGAGUUCACUUUUUCUCUCCCUCUCUCUCUCACUCCACGGGAGCUAUGAGCAGACUGCGCAGACACUUCACUAUGGGACUGGUGCUACUGAUGUGCACGCUUACCGGCCACUGCAGCGAGAGCGCGCCCUCGGCGGCCCCAGCGGCGGCCGGCAGGGACGCGCAGCGGGACUUGAGGCGGAUGGCGGAGAUCGUGAGACACGUGGAGGAGAGCCGGGGUCACCACAGCGCGAAAACGGAAGCCCCGUUAACAGCGAGGGCGAGGACCACCCCGGUGGAGCCAAAGGAUUUAAGCAACUUGAAAAUAGACAGAGGGGAUCAGGUUGUCGUCGUAUUUCCCAGAGAUCUCAGAAAGAAGGAGAAAUUCCUAAAACAUAUAACAGGUCCACUCUACUUCAGUCCCAAGUGCAGGAAGCAUGUGUACAGACUCUACCACCACACCAGAGACUGCACGAUACCUGCGUAUUUCAAAAGAUGUGCGCGGCUUCUCACACGGCUAGCCGGCAGCCCGCAGUGCACAGAGGGGUAGCACACAUAAGGUUGACGCCAAACACGAGUUAUCCAGAAGACAAAACUUGGGGAAAAAAAAGUGCCUUGGACAGAAAGAGGGAAGCCUAAAAUACUCUGACCAGCCCCGACUGAUAUUAGGCACAGUAUUGUCCUUCAGUGAGGUCUGUUCUACUAAGGCGUGGAUUACUGCCACCCACUGCUCUGGCUGGGCAUCGAUGGCUGGCUGUCACCACGAGGGAGCAACCAGGCAACAACACCAGACCAGGAUAAAGAUGGUGAAACUCAAGCAUGGAGCAGAGAAGAAAACAAAAAGGCUGAGAGAAGAUAAACUGGGGCCUUUUUUUCCUGCUGGCAUCCAAAACGAUGUUGCUAAAACAAAAAAGGGAUUGCAUAUUUUUAUUUUGUUCAUUUCUUUAUGAAAAGAGCAAAAUCCAAAUUUACUAUUUUUAGUGUGAACAGGCACGACUCGCCUUCUGCAAUUGGUUUGCUCUGUACAAGGUUGAGCCCAUCCCUUCUACUGCACUACCUAUUAUGCAGACAAAAAGCUCUCACAGACCCCCACGGCAGUCACGGCAUAGUUUCACUCACUUGUGCUCACACUGAGAACUAUGAUUAAAUUAUUAAGUGCAUGAACAUUUCUCUGCGUCUUUGUAAGACAUACUAAAAAAAAAAAAAAAAAAAGUGGCAGUUGAAAGUCACAGCCCUCCUGUGGAUCUUGUUUGAGCGUGAUACAGUCUAUAUUUAUAUGUUUGAAUUGUCACAAGGUUCCACUGUACAUAAUGUAGGCCAUGACCAAUUUAAAGCAAGAGUAAAAUGUACAUACUGUAAAACAAAGCGUAAGAGGAAUCCACAGUUCUACCAUAAAUUAAAGUGACUGGCAUAUAUCAAAUGGGUGUGAAAGACAUAUAUAUUUAAAAAUGAAAUAUAUUUAAAUAAAUUAUAAGAUUGGUACAAAUAUGAA